AUGGAGAAACUGAAGACCCUGUUGAUCGCGAAUCGCGGUGAGAUCGCCGUUCGCAUCAUCAAAACAGCCAAAGAACUAGGUGUCCGUACAGUUUCAAUUUACACUACCGCCGACGCAACUUCACAGCACGUCCUGGCGGCCGACGAGGCAGUCCUACUACCAGGGGACGAUUCUACCGCAUAUAUCAACGGAAAUGCAAUCAUAGAGAUCGCCCGUUUCCAUGAAGUCGACGCCAUUAUUCCGGGCUAUGGAUUCUUGUCGGAAAAUGUGGAAUUUGCCCAAGCUGUCGCCAAUGCCGGGAUGGUCUUUGUGGGCCCCAGGCCCGAAGCCAUUGAAGCUUUCGGGCUGAAGCACCGGGCUCGUGAGAUCGCUGUGGCAGCCGGUGUUCCAAUUGUUCCCGGGACACAGGGCCUGCUUGUUACAGAGGACGAUGCGGUGGAAGCAGCAAAUACAUUAGGAUACCCUGUCAUGCUAAAAGCCACAGGUGGAGGUGGUGGUAUGGGGUUGAUGAUAUGCAAAUCAGUGGAAGAAGUUCGACAGUCUUUGGCCCAAGUCCGCUCCCGGGGAGAAACCUUGUUCAAGAAUGCAGGGGUGUUUAUGGAACGUUAUUAUUCCGAGAGCCAUCAUAUCGAGGUCCAGGUGUUUGGUAACGGUCUGGGAGACGCAAUUCAUAUCGGAGAACGGGAGUGUUCAAUCCAACGUCGGCAUCAGAAAGUUGUCGAAGAGUGCCCCAGCCCGUUCGUGGAAAAGCACUUAGAAACUCACCUCUGCAGCCGUUGCUUGACCAGAUCCAUUCGCUAUGGAUCUGCAGGAACAGUGGAAUACCUCGUUGACGACGUAUCGGGAGAUUUCUUCUUCCUGGAAAUGAACACUCGUCUUCAAGUUGAGCAUGGUAUUACUGAGCUCUGUUACGGACUGGAUUUGGUAAAGCUCAUGCUUCAACAAGCCGACCGGGAGUUAUGCGGCCUCGGAGGUUUGGACAAAAGCUAUCUGGAGUCCUUACAGCCAGACCAGCCUUCAGGCUGUGCAAUUGAAGCUCGCGUGUACGCAGAGAACCCUGCUCGGAAUUACGCCCCAUCUCCUGGAUUGCUCCAACAUGUUGAAUGGACAGAGCUGAGCGGCACUCGAAUUGAUACAUGGGUCAAUACCGGAACUCGUAUCUCCACGUAUUACGACCCUAUGAUUGCAAAGGUGAUGGUACACGAUUCCAAUCGCACAGCGGCCAUUGAGAAAUUAGGAGAGGUCCUCUCCUGCUCCAAAAUCUGUGGACCACCAACAAAUUUGCACUUCCUGCACGCCAUUGUUCAAUCCAGUGCAUUUGGCACUGGGCGUACUUUGACCAAUUUCUUGACCAGCUUUGAGUUCAGCCUAGCUGCGAUUGAUGUCAUAUCACCAGGUGUGUAUACAACGGUACAAGAAUAUCCAGGACGUCCAACAGCUGGACGGGGAAUUCCACAGGCAGGGCCAAUGGACCCUUUGGCAUUCCAAGUUGCCAACCUCUUGGCUGGAAACCCCUCCAGCACCGAAGGAUUGGAAAUCACAUUAGAGGGGCCGGAGCUACGCUUCUUAGCUCCUGCGUGCGUAUCUGUCUGUGGUGCUCCAAUGGACAUGACACUUGACGGGACCGACGUCCCAAUGUGGACACGACUCUAUAUCAAAGCAGGGCAAAGAUUAUCUAUCGGGAAGCUGAGCGGAUCGGGAGGCUGUCGAGCAUAUCUUGCUGUUCUUGGAGGAUUCCCGGCUAUUGCCCCAUACUUUGGGUCAAAGUCGACAUCUCCUCUACUCGGAAUUGGUGGGUAUCAAGGAAGAUCGCUCGCUCCCGGUGAUAUGCUGGCCAUUGCAAAGCUCGAUGCAGCUGAGACAGGGCCUGAUGUCUCACUGCCCUCCCAUUUGCGCCCUGUCUACUCCCGUCACUGGGACAUUUAUGCCAUGGUCGGGCCGUACGAUGAGGGUUAUAUUGUAUCCGAAGAUAUCGACAUGAUCUAUAACACAGUCUGGAACGUUUCGCAUAAUGCUACAAGAGGUGGCAUUCGCCUUGUCGGGCCUGCUCCUAGAUUUGCAAGGGAAGAUGGAGGUGAGGGUGGGCAACACCCUAGCAAUGUGAUUGAAUAUGGGUACCCUACCGGAACAUUGAACUGGACGGGAGACAGUCCUUGUAUCUUCCCGGUGGAUGGCCCUGAUCUCGGCGGCUUUAUUUCUUCCACUACAAUUGUGAAAGGCAGUUUAUGGCGUAUGGGUCAACUGAAAUCUGGUGACACGAUUCAAUACCGCAGAGUAUCUUUGAAAGAUGCUCUUCGUCUCCGCGCUAAAACGGACAAGUUAUUGGAAAAUGUGUCGGCACUUGUAGCCGGCCAGUGCGAUCCAGAUACCAUCGAGCCAAUUUCUGAUUCGGUGCUGCCAGAGUCAACCAUCUCUGGCAAUUGGGGGAAAGCAUUGGUUUACCGCACUGAGCUGGGUGAAUCCGGAGUUGAUAUGACAUUCAGACAGGGUGGGGAUGAGUUCUUGUUGGUUGAGUUUGGUGAUGGGAAAUUUAAUCUCAACCAUCGUUGCCGAGUUACGGCGCUGGAGCAGGCUUUCAGCAAGUCCCAAGAGUCAUCCGAAGCUUUGAGGCAAAGUGUCUAUAAGACCACUGGAUGCUGCAACUCACUCCUAAUCCACUAUGACGGUUUGAAGUUCUCCCAGGACAGACUUAUCGACCUUUUGGUAUCUCUUCAAAAGACCGUCGGCGAUCUCAGUAAUUCCAAGGUCCCGAGCCGCAAGUUCCGUCUUCCUAUCUGCUUCGAGAGUCCAGCUCAGGAGCAAGCCGUGCAACGGUACAUGGAGACACAAAGACCACAUGCUCCAUAUUUGCCGAGUAACAUGGACUUUGUGGCUAAGAUCAACGGAAUCACGCAUGAUGAAUUGGUCGAGAUUUUCCUUUCAGUGGAAUUUAUGGCUAUUUGUGUCGGGUUCUUCUGCUGUGAUACUAUAUGUCUCCCGGUUGAUCCCCGCUAUCGCUUAAUAUGCCCCAAGCAGAACCCUAGCCGAGUGUAUACCCCAGAGGGAAGUGUCAGCUGGGGUGGAUCAUGCAUGAACAUCUAUCCCGUUGAUUCCCCUGGGGGAUAUCAGAUGACUGGCCAAACCAUUCCCUGUUUUGACCAACUGGGAGUCAAACCGGAUUUCUCGCCCAGCCAACCGGGCCUGUUCCGUGACUUCGACCAGAUUACCUUCUACCGAGUAAGGAAAGAAGAGCUUGAACGUGAUAUGGCUCGUUUCCGCUCUGGUUGUUACAAGUUCCAGUACGAAGAUGUUACUUUUGAUAUGGUUGCCCACAACCGUCUCCUUGAGGAGACUAGAGACGAAGUAGCGGCGUUGAAGACUCGCCAAGCCACAUCACAAGUAGAAAUGUUGGCCUUGGAAAAGGAAUCUAUGGAUAGGUGGAUGGCCGAGAAAGCCCAGAACAACCUUCCUGCCGAUGAAAUUUCACUCCUGAGACAAGACCCUGACAUUUUGACAUUAUAUGCCCCCCUCGAUGCAAACGUGUGGAAAGUCAACGUUGCAGAUGGCGAUGUCAUCUACACUACUAAAGUUGUUGCCAUCCUUGAGGCGAUGAAAAUGGAAGUCGCCGUCUCUUACGAUGGGGACAAGAACGGUAUUGAUAAGGAUUACAGGAUUGAGAAGGUUCUCGUCCAGCCAGGUGAUACUGUUCGGGCCGGAGAUGCGCUUGUAUUCCUCAGAAAUAAGUAA